AUGGUGAUAGAUGAAAGUGGAAGAACUAUUUUAAGAUUAGAAAGAUUGAAUCGAAGACCGUCAUCUGGGGAUGGGACCAAUGAACUUUGGCGUAAUCACUGGAAGGUGUUCUCUGUGGUUGAGAAUAAAUGGAUAGCAAGUAUCAGUCUAGCUAAACUAGGAAAAAGCGGAAGAAUUGAAUGGCUCGGAGAAACCCCUGACGGAUUAAUGCAGAAUAAUAACAGCAUAAGUACAGGUAAUAGGUGGUUACAUAAGUGGCACGGCUGGACUAAGUUAAGGUCGCAGUUAUUAUUCCGAAGAUUUUCAAAUGAAAUGGAAUCGGAUAAAUUGGUAGCUGAUGCCACCAUAAGUCUCUUCGUAGCUGCUAGAAUUAAAGGUGAUAUUUAUGAAGUAGAGUUACCCAGAGAUGGUGGUCUAAUCCAAGCUCACGGAAAUAAGUUUCUAUUAUGGAAACAUCCCACUGAUGCAAGAAUAGGAAAGAAUAAAGAAAAUACCAGCUUCACCAUUGCCGAAAUAUUGGCACAAGGAAAAUCGGGAUAUGAUAUAACAAUUGAUGUUUCCCUCAUUGAUAUUUCAACAGCUUUGCUUAUCUCUGUCAUUGCCAAUUUCCGAUCCUGUAAAUAG